UAGCUGAAAAUGCAUACCAAAAAAACACAGUUGAUCUGUAAUGCGGUAUAAAAUAAAGACCCUAAACGAGCUAAUUCCACUGGAAAAGUUUAAUAUAUGUAGAUUUUGAUGCAAUAAAUAAAAUAUUAGAAAUAAGAUUGACUUAGUUGAUGACUUAGUUGAUGACUUGAUGAUCACUAACCUGAUUUUUUUUUUUUUUUUUAAUCGGCUUUCUUCCGUCUGCGCUGAGGCAGACUGUGUUGGUGUGUUUGCUGAUAUAAGAAAAUAUAUUAAAUUCCCCAAGGCUAUUUUUUUUUUACCUCCUGAAAUAACACUUGAAUGUAUCGGACAUUAUUGGCUGUCUGAGAGGAAAGUGUAUUUGUGUGUGUGUGUGUGUGUGUGUGUGUGUGUAUUUCUUUGUCCACCCCCCCUCCGAAGGAUAAAACAUCCUCAGAUGAGAGAACUCAAUUUGCUGAUUGGGCAAAUGUAAUGAGACUAUUUUUUAGGGGGGGAAAGUGAUGUUAUGCUACAGUCGGAAAGCUUGUGAUAAUAAAGAAAUGUACCAGCGGCUGCCUUUUCGAGUGUUGUGUGUGUGUGUGUGUGUGUGUGUGUGUGUGUGUGUGUGUGUGAAGCCAAGGUGUUUUCUACGCUACGUUGGGGUGUUCUUCCAAGAAUGAACAAAUAGAUUAAGAGCCACGUCCCAAUGCUUUAUGCUUUAAGACUCUCCCAAUUCUCUUCAUGGUAACAAAGAGAAGCCUAUAAAAAGGUUGCCAAUGGACCAAAUACCACAGAGAACCCCCCCCCCCCCCCCCCCGGCCCCCUCCCCCCUUUGGUUUUCCAGCUUCUUAAAAUAACUUGUUUUGUUUUUCCGAUAGAACCAUUUAAGGUUUAAUUGCCUUCUACAGGAGGAGAUGAGUUUUCAUCUGCAAAGCCCGACACAUUCGAUCUGCAGCCAAACACAAGCAUAGCAAGGGUGUCCAAAGUGCGGCUUGGGAGCGAUGUUGUGCCUCCCCCCAGCUCCAUUUUACUGGCCCCUAGUCGUGUGAUGAUAGCGUGUCAGGUAAGCUCGUUCAUUUAUUUACAUACAAAAUUGAUACAGUAAUGUUUCCCCAUAGUAUUCUAUAUAAAUAGUACACAGAAUCACACUUUGGUAGCGGUAUCAAUCAGAUACCGAUACUCUUCGCUUGCCAUUUUUUCAAGAUAAUUUAAUGAUUUGUGUGAUCGUGAUAAUUAUCACAAUAAAACCAAGAUUUUAGCAAAGCAAAUAAUAUGAAAUUUGUUAAAAAUUAAAGGCAAUAAUAAACAAAAUAAACAAAAAAAUAUUGGUUUUAUUUAUUUGUUCAAGCAAAAUAAAGUGCAAAAUAAGUAAACAAAAGCAAAACUCCCAUUGAAACACUUUGCAAUUUUACUCCCAAAGUAACAAUAUAACAAUAUAAAUAACAAAAAAAAUGUGAAAAUUAAACCUGAAGGGUAAGGGUAUUAAAUUAGAUACACUCUUGGUAUCACCCCCCCCCCCCAACUAUAAUGUUUGUAUGAAUUCCUAAUACUAAUAACAAUAUGGCCGCCCAAUAUAAACAACUAAAUAACAAAAAAAGAUGUGGAAAUUAAACCUGAAGGGUAAGGGUAUUAAAUUAGAUACACACUUGGUAUCACCCCCCCCCCCCCCAACUAUAAUGUUUGUAUGAAUUCCUAAUACUAAUAACAAUAUGGCUGCCACAACAACAAAACACAAUUACAGUAUGUGAAAAUUAACAUAUAAUUGAACUCCAAAAUGUAAUCAUCAUUAUGCUGGUAUCACCCCUUGAUAUUGAAACUAUCGACAUCUGGAUCGUGCCACCCGCCACUAAUUUUCUGCUGUGUAAACAUGGACUAUGUUUGACAUACAUACCUGUGGAAUAGUAAUGGCCGGACUAGUAAUAGUACAGGUUAGAGACAGCAGCUAUUAGGUAGAAGAAGAGGAAAGGGCAAUUCAGUUGUUAGAGUCUUAAAGAAGAUACAAAAAAAGCUAAUGGUACUCAAUAGUAGUACCGGUUGUUGUGGUUGUCGGUGUAGUUGUUGUCUUAAUGGUAAAGUAAUGAAGUGAAACGGCAAUGGCGGACUGGCUCGCCCCCCCCCCCCCUCCCUCAGCAUCCCCAUAAUGUUGUAGCCGGGCUCGUCGUGAAUGUACACGAUGCAGCAGACCACAGUGAUACACAGUAAGACUUUCCACAACGGCGUCACACGGAGACUCGGGUGACGACAGAAACCCCAAGUGUGGAACUGGGAAGACAACCAAGCACUCCAGUGGAAGAUUAAUUUGUACGUGUGUAUUCGUGCACAUAUCUGGAAACAUGAAUGGGUUGGUGUAUGUGACGCAGAAAUAGUUCUGGUGUCCAUUAUGCUUGAGGAGGACAUUAUGAACUGCACCAUCAGCCAUGAAAUCCACCAGUACCUCUUUUCCUUUGUUUAUAUCCUCGUACUCUUGGUGGGUGUUCCCUCCAACCUAUACUCCCUGUACCAUGCAGUGCUGCAGCUGAAGCAAAAGAAUGAAUUGGGGGUUUACUUGAUAAACCUCACCGUGUCGGAUCUUUUAUACUUGGCAUCAUUACCACUCUGGCUCCAGUACAUUUUCCAGGAUGACGAUUGGCGUCACAGGGAAUGGUUGUGCCAGUUGUGUGGCUUUCUUCUCUAUGAGAACAUCUACAUCAGCAUCGGCUUCCUGUGCUGUAUCAGUCUGGACCGCUACCUGGCUGUGGUCCAUCCUUUAAGGUUCACCUCCCUCCGUUCCAUGGGCGUCGCCGCUCUUUUCAGCGCCAUCAUCUGGCUAAAGGAGAUUGCGGUCGGGGUUGUUUUCUUCCGCCAUAAAGAGCUGAGUCAAAACCCCCACAACCAGUCGGUGUGUUUCGAGCACUACCCCAUGCAACCUUGGGAGUAUCCAAUCAACUAUUACCGCUUCACCGUUGGUUUCAUUUUUCCACUGGCCAUUCUGCUGGUCAGCUACCUGUGUGUGCUCCGUGCCGUGGGUCAGAGUGCGGGCACGCAACCAGUUCAGAAGACCAGAAUCCGUCAGUUAGUGAGCAGCACCAUCCUCAUCUUCCUCAUCUGCUUCUCCCCGUACCACAUCUUUCUGUUGGUUCGCACCGUCCUGGAGCGGGACUGCAACUUUAUCACAGGUACGCCAUUUUUUCAGCAAAGGAAACGUUCCUGUCACACCGUCCAUCCAUCCCGUGUCGUUCUUCCCAAAGGAAUAUUCAACUACUACCACCUGGCGUUGUUGUUGACCUCUCUCAACUGCGUGGCUGACCCCGCUCUCUACUGCUUCGUCAGCGAAAGCGCCCGCCACGGUUUUUUCAGGGCCGUUUUUCGACCUGCUACCAGGGUUCUUUGCUGCUGCCUCGGCGGCGCCGCCGCCAGUCUCGCCAACGUCACGACGGAGUCCCACGAGGUCCCGACUAGGAUCUCUCACAUGAGCAACAACUGCAAAAAUAUCAUUUUAAUCACCGCAGAUGAUAAAAAAACAAUCACGCCGUUAACUUGAUGGAAGGAUUAUUGUUGAGGACAAGCAGAAGACAGUCAGAAUAUCACAUACUGUAAAGUAUUAUUAUUAUUAUUAUUAUUAUUAUUAUUAUUAUUAUUAUUAUUAUUAAGUGAAUGGAUCCGAUGAACAAGCAUCACGUCUUCAUGGUCUUAUUGUCUUUCCUUCCACUCCAUGCACUACAGUUACUAUUUAUACCCAUUAGCAUAUACAUAUUAGCAUCAUACAGGGCCAGUAUUGCAGCUACCUAGACCUGUUCCACUAUUUUCUACUUGAAAUUCCAUUGACUUAUUUUGUGUUUUACCUUUAAUUUGUUAUAUAUUUACAAUAAAACACAGGACAAAGAUUAUAGACCAGGGGUGGGCAAACUUUUUGACUCGUGGGCCGCAUUGACGGGGGGUGGCAGACUAUAUAUUUUAUACGUAACUGUCCACCUGGAAUUAUUGUAUCUGUAAAAGUGUCGUGCAAUCUGCUAUAUGUGCACUUUGAGAUCAUUCCUUUGAUGCAAAGUGCAUUAUAAAUUUAAUUGAAUUUAAUUUUACAAUUAUUAUGUGCUGGUGUCCCCUUUUUUCAGGAGCACUUUGUAAACAACAGACCACAUCAAAUAAUAUAAUAAUAAUAUUGAUAAAACAGGUACUCAAACCAUCAAAAGGUUGGCUCAAACCAUGAUGCCAGGUUGUAUGUUAAGUUUAAAUGAAAUACUUUAGAAAGAACAGGCGGGCCGUUUUCAAACACUUGGCGGGCCGGAUGUGGCCCCCGGGCCGUAGUUUGCCCAUCCCUGUUAUAGACUUACAUGUGAUCAUUUCACAAUAAUAUAAACUAACAUUUCAGAGUAAGAAUUGUUAUAAGAAUGACGGCCAGUCGUGGUGCAUGUCUCUGAAAUGAUCAGUUCUAAACAAGCGUGUGAAUAAAGGCAUGAAAUACUUGAAAACGACAUUUGAAAACUACAUUUACAACCAAUAAAAUGCAUGAAUUUAUUCCCAACAGUCGAUAAUCUUCAUUUCAUAAUGUGUAUCUUAACCUUAAUGUUAAGAAUUAGCCAUCUUUCCAGGGCCUUCAGAAUCAGUAGUGCUGGCGCAUUUCGCAUACACACUAUAAACAAUGGUUCUGUUUAUUUAUUAUUAUUUUUUUAACCAAUCAAAUUUCAGAUUCGCUGAGCUGGCCCCUCAGUGACAUCAGCAGCUUUCCGUCCUCUGAUUGGUUGAUCAAAGCAAAACUAUUUGACAAGCCAAGUUACACCCAUGGUUUUCCCUAUGUUACA